AUGCUCCUUCGAAACCUAACCCAAUUAAGAGAACUACACCUUGAUUGGUUGAAUAUCUCUUCACAUUUACCUCAUGCUUUGCUAAAUCUAUCUUCUUUGACAUCUCUUAGUCUUGAUUAUUGUCAUCUGCGUGGGAAAUUCUCAGAAAACAUUUUUCACUUUCCAAACCUACGAAAGCUCGAUUUAGGGGGAAAUUGGGAACUCACAGGUAAACUUCCAUACUUCAAUGUGACUAGUUCCCUUCAGUUUCUUGAUCUCUCCUCCAUAAGUUUUUCUGGCCAAUUGCCUAAAUCAAUCGGCAAUCUUAAAGCCUUAAAUAUUUUGUGCCUCUUCAACUGCAACCUUUCGGGGUCCAUUCCAGCUUCUCUUUGGAAUCUUACACAAAUCACCAAUCUAGACUUCAAGAUUAACAGUUUCGACUGUCAAAUCCCCUCAUCAAUUUCAAACCUUGCAAAGCUUAAUGGCUUGUAUCUUUCCAAAAACAAUUGGAACGGACAAAUACCGGAUUCCCUUGGCAACAUGAGCCAACUUACUCACUUGGCUCUUUCCAGCAACAAUUUGAACGGUCAAAUACCGGAUUCCCUUGGCAACAUGAGCCAACUAACUUAUCUCUCUUUGAGUUAUAACUCACUCAAUGGGACAAUACCAUCUUCGUUGUUUGCUCCGCCUUCACUGGUUGGUAUAGGAUUGAGUAACAAUAAGCUACAAGGACCAAUUCCAGGAUUAGUUUAUGAACUCCAGAACCUAACAUACUUGCUGCUUUCAUCAAAUAACUUAAGUGGUGUAGUGGAUCUAGAUAAGCUUCUAAAGCUUAAAAAUCUGAUCUAUCUUGAUCUCUCAUAUAAUGGUCUCUCAUUGAGCAUCAACAACAUUGUCAACUCUACCUUGCCCAACUUGGAGUAUAUAAGUUUAGCUUCUUGCAACUUAAGCGAAUUCCCAAACUUCUUGAGAGAGCAAGCCAGAUUCCGUUCUCUAGACCUUUAA